CAAAAACAUGAAUGCCAGCUUCAUUUACGUUACUGCGAGCAAAAAAAUGCAUUUUAUUAGUUAAGCGGUGCAUAUUUUUACUUCUGCACUGCAGUUGCUAGAAGUGGAAGUCAGUGCAUUUGUAAUGAUGAGAGAGCAGCUAACUGCUGACUCUAGCCCUACCGAUGAGGAGGAGCUAGCCAGGAAGGCACGCUUCAGGGCUAGAGUGGUCACUGAGCUUGCAGCAACAGAGGAAACCUACAUAGAACAUCUAGAGCUGAUAAUAAAGUGGUUUAUGGAGCCAUUGCAGCAAAAUGGCUUGCUGCCAGAAAAUGCCUUAUCAGCUGUAUUUGGCAACCUUCAUGCAAUUAGAAGCGUUAACCAGGUACUGAUGGAAAGUCUACAGAAGGAGAACGUAGGCAUGGCUUUUCUAGAGCUCGGCCCCUUUCUUAAACUCUACGCAGCAUAUGCUAAAAGCUUCCAAGAUUCAGCAUCACUGCUACAGGAGUGGGAGCAAAAAAGCAAGCAAUUCCGACUGUUUAAGGAGAGGCAGGAAGGACGGCCUGAGGUUAAAGGGUUAAAGCUGAAUGCCCUGCUUAUCACACCUGUGCAGAGGAUACCAAGGUAUAAAAUGUUGCUGGGAGAGCUACUAGAAAACACACCUGAAAAUCACGAUGAUUAUUCGCUGUUGAAAGAGGCCGUCGAUCACAUCAGCCAGGUGGCGCUGCACAUCAACGAGAACGUGCGAGAGCACGAGAACUUCAUCAAGUGUCUCAGCAUCCAGACGUCGCUCGGUGACGACGGGCCGAAGAUCGUCGCGCCGGGUAGAACCUUCGUGAAGGAAGGCCGGCUGCUGAAGGUGUCGAGGAAAAAAGGAGGAAGGUCGAACGAACGAAUGUUCUUUCUUUUUAGCGACAUGUUGCUUUACGCCAAGCCCCGCCCCCUGAGCAUGUCGGAAAGAGAGAUGUUCAUUUGUUGUUGCAUAUUCCCGCUGAACCACUGCGCUGUACACACGGUUUUUGGCGAGCCAGACUCCAAAGGUGCUCUGUUCACAAUCAGUUGCAAAGGUGAACUCCUGUUUCUGUAUUCGGAGAACCAAGAAGAGGUGCGUGCCUGGAUUGAAGAACUGCAGAAAGCUAUCAGUCAGUACAAGCAGAAUCGGGGAACACUGAGGAAGGACAGCUCCUGCAAGCAGCCGAUGCGACGGUCUGGCAUCGUGAAGGCGAGAAAGGAGAGCCUGAAGCAGCAGAAAGUGCUGAAGACGGCUGCCCAGGUCGUCGCUAGCGAAGAUAAGCCGAGCUCUCCACUGCGAGACCCAAUGCGGCGCCACCUACGCACGCUCGCCGAGUCGACAUGCAUCACACCGGCGCGAAGAUUCUUCUCUCCGAAGAAGCCUGGCGUCGGGUACGCAGCUUCCGACGUCGCCAUGGAGAUGACAGGCAAGCCGAACCUCGCCUACCAGACGGGACUUGGUGACGCUGAUAAGGAAGAGAUAGAGAAGGAGAACGAACUUGACGAUAACGACUCGAUGGAAUACGACGCGACCAUGUACCACCUGGACCUGCCCGUGUCGAUGUUGCCCGACCCGCUAGGGGGCGCCAGCAGCCAUCACGGCGGGCAGCAGCUGAGCGGGUUGAGCAUGAGACGCAUGCAGGUGUUUACGGACCACGAGCAGCUGCAGCUCCGCAGGCAGGAGUCCCUGAUGACGACGUACAGCGACCAUGAAGAAGCCAUGCUAUGUGGCAGGGGAGCCAUGCCAAGCUUGCCAAAUGUGAAGAGGGGAUCGCUAAAGAUGAGGAACUCACCGCUGGACCGGCUGCCAGAAGAGACAAGUACGAGUUCAGAGGGAGGAGAUGUCCCUCACAGCUACUGCACCAUACUGUAGGCUACGCCAACAACCCUGUGUUACGUAACUAUGGUCUGCUUCGUCCUUUCCCAGCGUUCUUUAUUUGUGAUGGGACUACAAGCUGAUGUAUACAAGCCGAGUAGCGAAUCCCACAGUACAGUUCAGGGAGUAACCGUAUGGAUAGGUGGGCUGUUGGAAUGUUCUGUGCCUCUCAUGUCUCAGCUGGAAUACUUGUCCCAACCUACAACCAUGUCCAACUUGCUCAUUGAUAUAGAUUAACAGGGUUCGUAGCGGGUCUUCCAAAGUCUUAUAAGUACUUAUUUUGCCAAAAAUAAAAUAAGGGCCCUUAUUAG